AUGGAGUGGUCUUUACUCUCGCCAAGCAGUACACCGACAGAAACAUUCUCGGUUCUCUGUGGGACGAAGGAUGAGCAAGCUCAAUUUUUUCCUUCUAAGCCACAACCAGGUAUGAUAAAACAUUUUCAGCCAUUAAUAGAUGCCUUGGAAAAGUGCAUCGGCAGCUAUCCUGUGGCAUCAGCAGAGGAGGUCGAAGAAACACUCAAAAAGGAUUGCCCGAAUGCUAUCACCGAUCAAAAGUUGAUCUCCUUUUCUGAAUAUGUCUAUCUGGCAUGUCUUCGUGGUAUUCCGAUUCGUUUCGAUUGUGACCAGAUAUUCGGUAAGCCAAAGUAUAUGUGGUUUCACUUUGAUAAAGAAGCUUGGCUGAAUACGUAUUCAACAGAUCAAAAUAUUGAUCAUGAAGUAAAGAAUAUUGAAAGUAAUAUCGAAGAUACAUCCGACCUAAUCAUCAAAUACGACGAAAGCAAAGAUGUAGAGCCUAUUAUAGAAGAAGCUAAAGAAUUAAGCAUUCAGGAAAAGCUCAGUAGAAGCCGUAUCAAAAUCAUACUUCGGGACACUCGUCGACAAUUCCUUGGACUAGAAUUGGAUCGUCACUACUUUGAUUAUAUCUCAGAAUAUUGGGAAAAAAGCGGUCAUAAAGGAAGAGAAAAGACUCAGAAUUCUGAUAGAGUUCGAAUCUUCUAUAUCAUGAUUUCAAUGAUUAAAGGUAAAAAUGAAUUCUGUGAAGAUUACGAUCUUCUAAAGUUUACGGAAGCUAUUUUGACUUUUGCGAUAUGGAAUGUUCGCGAAAUACCAGUUUUCACUGAAGAACGGGCAAGUUUUCUCAUUGAAGAGUUUUUCCCUGAAAUCUUAGGCUCACCGUCAGAUAGCAAAUUCAAAAGGAAUGAAAAGUUUGCAGGCUUAUUAUAUCGAUUAAGCAAUUUCAACAAACAUAAUCGAGCAUCCCAGUCAAAGUUCUCAACUCCGCUCAAAAUUGUAAAACGAUUGGUUUAUUUGGAGCACGAGAAUUAG